CAUGGGUUCCCUCUCCUACGUCCUGGCGGCGGCCGUCCUGGCGUCGCUCAUCACCGGCGGCGCGUGCAUCGCCAAGGUGCCACCGGGCCCCAACAUCACCACCAACUACAACAUGAACUGGACCCCCGCCAAGGCCACCUGGUACGGCAAGGCCACCGGCUCCGGCCCCAAAGACAACGGCGGCGCGUGCGGGAUCAAGGACGUGAACCUUGCUCCCUACAACGGCAUGAUCGCCUGCGGCAACAUCCCCAUCUUCAAGGACGGCAAGGGAUGCGGCUCCUGCUACGAGGUCAAGUGCAACAAGCCGCCGCCGUGCUCCGACAAGCCCAUCACCGUCUUCAUCACCGACAAGAACUACGAGCCCAUCGCGCCGUACCACAUCGACCUGUCCGGCAAGGCCUUCGGCGCCAUGGCGACGGCCGGGAACGAGCAGACGCUCCGCUCAUUCGGGGAGCUCGAGCUGCAGUUCAGGAGGGUGCGCUGCAAGUACGCGCCUGGCACCAAGGUCACCUUCCACGUCGAGACCGGCUCGAACCCAAACUACCUGGCCAUACUCGUCAAGUUCGUCGCCGACGACGGCGACAUCGUGCAGAUGGAGAUUCAGGAGAAAUCGGCGCCCACCAAGUGGAUCCCGAUGACCUUGUCGUGGGGCGCCAUCUGGAGGUGGGACGGCGCCAAUGCGAUCAAGGCCCCCUUCUCCAUCCGCCUCACCAGCGAGUCCGGCAAGAAGCUCAUCGCCCAGGACGUCAUCCCCGCCAACUGGAAGCCCGACACCGUCUACCAGUCAAAUAUCCAGUUCUAGAUCAUGCAACUCAAUGCAUGCCUCGGAUCCAUUUAGCCCAGUUCCAAUCUUCUUGUUUAGUUUUUUUUUUUUUUUGAACCUAGACUUUUUAGUCAUUGCAUUCAUUUACACUAGCCAAAUAAACUAAAAUAUUCUGUUUAGGAUUCUAGUUUUGUACUCCAUAGGAUCCUACGAUUUGGUCUACUUUAGUUGAGUUUGAUCCAGUUCUUGCC